AUGCCUAAAAAGCUUUCCAAGCAGGCGACGUCGACCUCGCUCUCCUCGAAUGCCUCGUCCUCCUUGGCGUCGUCGCUGCCGGGGGUGCUAAGCGACGGCCUGCCGCUGCCGCGCCUCGUCGUCUUCGAUCUCGACUACACGCUGUGGCCGUUCUGGGUCGACACGCACGUCUACGCGCCGCUCAAGGCCAACGCCAACCACAGCGCCUGCACCGACAAGGUCGGCGAGACCUUUGCCUUCUACUCCGACGUGCCCGCCGUGCUGCACGGCUUGGGCGCCGCCGGCAUCAAGCUCGGCGUCGCCAGCCGCACCCAUGCCCCCGACCUCGGCCGCGAGAUGCUCAAGCUGCUGCACGUGCCGGCGGCGUCGACGCUGUUUCCCGCCGCCGCCGACGGCGAGGCCCCGACGGGCAAGAAGGGCGACAAGCCGAGGAAGGCCAUCGAGUUCUUCGACGCCGGGCUCGAGAUCUACCCCAGCAGCAAGAUCAAGCACUUCGAGGCCCUGAACAAGCGGACGGGCAUUUCGUACACCGACAUGCUGUUCUUUGACGAUGAGAGCCGGAAUCGAGACACGGAGACUUUGGGCGUCACCAUGUGGCUCGUCCGAGACGGUGUCACUUGGAACGAGGUCGAGAAGGGCAUUCUCGAGUGGAGGCGACGAAGAGCCAGAGAUGGAGGUUCAUGA